GCCCUACCCAUACCCCUAUAAACCCCAACCCUGUCCCUGGGCUUCCUACCUUCUCCUGGGACUUCUCUACCCUGCUUGAGCUGGACGCUAAACCUCUUCCCUCCUGAGGUGGGGGCAGACACGCUGAGUAGGAUAAAGCCCAAAUGGAGAGGUCUGGUGUGGGCCCAGCUCUGACAUGGCCCUCUGGCUCCUCGCUUUCUGCCAGCUCCAUGGCCAGUCCUGUGGAUGCAUCCCCAGCAGGCCGCACCAGUGGGAUGGGUCUCCACCGGAGGAAGCGGACCACUUUCAGCAGAGGGCAGUUGCUGGAGCUAGAGCGGGUAUUUGCUGCGCGACCCUACCCUGACAUCAGCACCCGUGAGCACCUGGCCCAGGUCACCCACCUUCCUGAGGCCAAGAUACAGGUGUGGUUCCAGAACCGCCGAGCCAAGAGAAUCAAGAACAGAAAACCAGGAGGUCUAAGCCCCAGCUCCGAACCCCCUCAGAGCUCCUGUUCUCUUCCAGACACCCUCCAGCAGCCCUGGGAACCCCAAGUGCUGAGGCAGCCACCACCAUCCCCUGGCCCACCUCAGCGUGCCUCAGUGCGUUGUCAUGCCUCUUGUGCAGCUCCUAACUUGGGUCCAGGGCAAGGAUGGAUGGUGGCUAAAGUCACAGCCCCAUGGGGAUCAGUUGGGGCUUCAGAGGUAUACCUUUCCUUGGAGCAAGCUACUCCCCAGACCUCACUGGGUAGCCUGUCUGACCUCAUCUAUGCCUCAGCCAUUGUCACCAAUGUGGACCACUCCUAAUCUAGGUCCAGAACUUGCAAGACCCCUCCUUUGGUUCCUGUAGCUCACCCUGCCCUGGUUAGGACUUAACAUUAUCAGAAGUGGGUCCCUUUCUCCCUUCUCUCACAGAACGAAACUCUCCUAUGGGAAGGGAGUUUAGCUCAGGGAUUCUUCCCCUCCACUGGACUCCAGGCUAGCUAAGGUGCAGGCCCUGU